CUUCUUUUUUUUUUAAACAAACGCAGAUGUUAGUCGCCAUUUUGAGAGGUUCUAUCUCCGCAGACCGGCAGAAAAGGCAGUGACGAAGCAAGUCGUUUUUCUCCGUUUGAGUACCUUUUUAGGUGUUAUAAUAAUCAAUGUCUCGCUUUAACAACCGCGGCGGACUUGGAAUGAAUCAUUUCCAGCGAAGAGGUGGUUUGGCGGGCGGCCCGAUGCGAGGAGGAAUCAUGGGGAACCACAAUUUCCGGAACCAUCCUUUUCAAAAUACGAAUAGGAGAGGGGGACAUAACAACAUGAACAGGCCCAACAACCAAGGACCACAUGUGAGUCCCCAAAAGAUGCAACAAAACCAGCCCAUUAUCCCUCCACCGAGUCCCGGUCCGGCUCUCACCAUGAAAGGCCCCAUGCAGCAGCAACAGCAACAACCUCCACCACAGCAGCAGCAGCCACAACAGAAACCCGCUCAGACACAGCAGCAACAGCAGACGCCGACAACUCCAUCACCCCAGCCUAAGACCCAGACCCAGUCCCCAGCAGCGAAACCAAACAUCACCUCACCGCAACCUAACCAAGGCAACCAGAAUCCGAACCAGCAGCUAAAGUCCCCGGUAGGAAAUGCUAACGGCAAACCACAGCAGCCUCCGCAGCCGAGCCCUAAACCCGGACCACAGCUGAACCAGAAGCCUGGCCCUCAGCAGGCUCAAGCGACGGGACCCCAACAAGGUAAGAGGACCGGACCUCCGCAGGGCCCGAGGAUUAGUCCUCAGCAAGGCCCGAGAGCCAGUCCUCAGCAAGGCCUGAGAACCGGUCCUCAGCAAGGCCCAAGAACCGGUCCACAACAAAGCCCGAGAACAGGUCCACAACAAGGCCAGAGGCCCAGACAAGACCCACCGAAAAACAUCCAGAUGAAACAUGAAAAUGUACCGGUCGCGACGGGAUCAGACGAGAGCCAGUCAGAGGGAGGCUUUAAGGCAACUCUGUCCAUGCUGCUGAAACCCGGUGAGAAACAAUACACACAACGCUGCCGUCUGUUCAUCGGUAAUCUGCCAAGUGACAUCACAGAAGAGCAGUUCAAGAAUCUUUUUGUCAAGUAUGGGGAGCCUAGUGAGGUCUUCAUCAACAAAAGCAAAGGAUUUGGUUUCAUCCGACUGGAAUCCAGAGCACUUGCAGAGAUUGCUAAGGCAGAGUUGGAUGACAUACCAAUGAAGGGCAGAACCCUGCGUGUCCGAUUCGCUACACACUCUGCCGCCCUGUCCAUAAAGAACCUUUCACCCUAUGUUUCAAAUGAGCUCUUAGAAGAAGCUUUCUGUCAAUUUGGCAUGGUAGAGCGGGCCAUUGUGAUUGUGGAUGAUCGUGGAAGGUCUUCAGGCAAGGGCAUUGUGGAGUUUGCUUCCAAGGCUGCAGCCAGGAAGGCUCUGGAUAGAUGCAGUGAAGGCGUUUUCCUUCUCACUUCAUCCCCACGUCCCGUUGUUGUUGAGCCUCUGGAGCAGUACGAUGAUGAGGAUGGUCUUCCAGAGAAACUGGCACAAAAGAACCCCAGAUAUCAAAUAGAGCGUGAGCACCCUCCUCGCUUCGCCCGCCCUGGCACCUUUGAAUAUGAAUAUUCCAAACGCUGGAAGUCGCUGGAUGAGAUGGAGAAGCAACAGAGGGACCAGGUGGAGAAAAACAUGAGGGAAGCUCGCGAGAAGCUUGAAAGUGAAAUGGAAGAUGCCUACCAUGAGCACCAGGCCAAUAUGCUCCGCCAAGAUCUGCUGAGGCGACAGGAAGAACUGCGCCGUAUGGAAGAGAUGCACAGCCAGGAGAUGCAAAAGAGAAAGGAGAUGCAAAUUAGACAAGAGGAAGAGCGACGCAGGCGUGAGGAGGAAAUGAUUCGUAAGCGAGAGAUAGAAGAACAGAUGCGUCGCCAGCGGGAGGAGGGCUACAGAAUGGGCAACUUCAUGGAUAGGGAACGGGAUCUGAGAAUGAACCCCGCUGGUAUGGGCAUGGGUGAUAUUCCUUUUGGUGCAGCCAAUCCAAAGUUUGCAAUGGGUGGAAUGGUCUUUGAAAACCAGCAGGGAAUGGGGGCCGCCGCCCCGGGCAUGAUGGGCAACGAAAUGCGCAAUGAGCGAUUUGCCCAAGGUGGAGCCAGGGGAAUGGGUUCUGGUAAUGCUGGGUUUGGCAGGGUCCGUGAGGAGUUUGAUGGUCCUACUAAGAAACCCCGUUUUUAAACAGCGCUCCUUGAGGCUUUCAAGUGGCAACAUUUGUACAAAUGCUUCAAAACAAACCUAUCAAGUUGCUUCUGGUAUUUAAGUUUGAUUUGUUGCUACAUUUUAGCUUGACUAUUAACUAAUUUUAUGGCAAGGUCAAUUUUUUUUUUUUUUUUUUUUUUUUUGUAUUGUCUGUAGCCGGGACCGGAAGCUCAUCCUCUUGUGAUGCAUUAGUUCUUUCUUACACAUGUACACGUUAUUUUUCUAGGUGUAUUUUGCUCUGUCUUCGUGACAUGUUAAUUGUAACAUUUUUCAUAACAUUCAGUGGCUGUAUACUGUGCCAUACAUUUGGAAUCAAAGCAUGUACCAUAAUAAAGACAAAAUUGGUUCUAUCCAGAUAAAUCUCUCAAUAAUUAUUAUUUAAAAAAACAAAAACAAUGGAUUGCAAGUGCAAACUCUUUGCCUAAUUUCAUUGCCUAAUUUUAAUAUGGACUUACCUGCCGUAUUGGAUCUUAAAGGGUCUAUGUGUUAUCUCUGUUUCAGUUCUUCUUACUCGAUACCGAACGUAUCUUUUUCAAUUAAAACAAUUAGGAUGUUAUCAAAUUAAUAAUCAGUACCAGAGUCCUGUUAUUUUGACUGUUACCUUGUUCAAAGAGCAGACAUAACUCAUUUUUUUUGUAAAGAAGUUGAGGACUAUGUUGGGCAGUUUGGCCUGUUCGUCAGAAGAGUUGGUGAUGAUUAAAUCCUGGAUCCAAAUGGAUGCAUUAACUCUUUGUCCACAGUUUGUUUCCUUUGUUUUGUAACAAUUCAGAAAGCAGAAAUAAUACACAUAGAACCUUUAAGAACUACAGCUGAUUAGUGUGUAGUUGGUGGUACAUUAGUAUUAAGAAGUACUUCUCUCAUGCUGUCCAACUUGGGGCAUUUGUUUUGUGUUUGUAACCCGGGGCGUUUUUUAACUCUGUACUGAUGUAGUCAGAGAGAUUGAAGGUGUUUUAUGACCAACACACUAUGCUGUAAAACUGGUCACUACCUUGUCACCAGCAGGGGCUGUGAGUCUAUGUUCAUUAAACUAUAUUUAAGGGAUGCACUGAAAUUAUAAUUCGUGGCCGAAACCGUAAAUCAGGAAAUCGAGGCACUGCAAUUACAUAGAUUAAAAAUAAAUAAUAUAAUAAUAUUACUAUAUUAUAACAACAUAAUUUGAGACAGUCUUUCAGGAUCUCACAGAACAUUUUUGCUGCACUCUGUUCUUUUGUGUUUUGCGCUUCUCCGUCUCCAAGCGGGUCCUUUGCGGCCUGGAACAUUUCUCGUGUGCACUGCUUUAUUCCCGCAUCCAUGUAAUGAUCCUUUUAACGCGGAUCAAGUACAGUCGUGAUAGGUACAGGGGUUCCGAACAGAUCUCUGUGAAACGUGUGCUGACAGACUCUGAGUGUACUUAAGUUCAGCAUUACACGUUUUUUAAAUCGAUACCCCUGGGUCUUUCUCAGAUAUUUUGAAAUUUGUCCACACAGCAGACAUGUUGGCGGUUUCAGACAGGUCCGCGAUGGUCGCGAUCUUUGCCCAGUCAUCGUAACUUUCUGUUUCAACCCGUGUUGUUUCGGUGAUAAAAGUAUUUUUUGGUGGCCAAAAAAUUCGGUGCAUCCCUACUAAUGUUAUUUAAUAAUCCUAAAAUACACUGAACUACGUCCCUGCCCCAAACGAUUUCUUCUAAGCUUUCCUAUUGUUUUUUUAGAAGGGGGGGGGGGGGUUUAUAUAAAAAUUGUGACGGCCCAUUAGCUGUAGCCAGCACCUAAUGGCUAAAGUAGGAUUUGCAAAUGUCUCUUUUCCUGUAAUUUCUGAUCUGUUUGUAAAAAAUUCCAUGGACAUCUUAUACCUGAACCAGUCGCUCCAUGGGUAAAAUGGUGGGCGACGUUUCUGCCUCCUGGGCAGAACAGGUGUUUUGUCACUUUUCUUUAUUUAACCUGAAAAAAAAUAAAACGUGAAUCUGUCUUGUGUUUGAAGUGGUUUACUAAUCACUUGACUUCAGACUGAAGCGAUAACCGUUCUUUGUGGUGGCAACUAAAACAUUUCUUUCUUUCUUAAUUUAUUUUUUGGCCUUUUUGAGCAAAAUCACUACAUUUGUCCAGCAGUGAACCCUGUUUGACGCAGUUAAGUUCAUACCAGCUCAUUAGUAUAACAUGGUGAAAAUACUACACACCUGCCUGCCCUUACAGGUGUUUUUUUUUAUCUCAACAAAACAAUUUUAUACUUUGUUCUUGAUCUCGAUGCAGUAACAUAUAACACUUUUAAAAUCACAUUUGUUCAGAACCUAUAAAUCAGUACACUGCCUUAUGUCUUUAUUCAGAUUUUUUUUAAACCUAGUUCAGGCAGAGUUUGUUUAAACCACAGCUAAAAGAAUGGGAACGGUUUACCCUGUUGUUUUGUUCUUGGUUUUUCAUUUAUUUUAUUUUUUGUGUCUGUUUUCUGAGUAUACGGUGUCUGGGGAAAAAAAAAAUACCCAGGCUGAUAACAGAACCCCAAUGUCAAUAUCUGCCAAGAUUGACAUUGACAUCAGCAACCUCUUGACCCAAAGUUGCAGUUGUCGGAUGCUUGAAAAGGCAACAUGGAUUAUAUACUGGUUUGUUGCAUUUAAAGCAGAGGCUUGAACCUCUAGAAGGCUUCAGAAAUGGCUGCAAAUCAGGAGCUGACGUUCUGUGGUUGAUUCGGUAAGGAUCUCAUUGGAUAUCUCCUUUAAGUGUGCUUCUGAAAUGUUCCGUGUGUUUGUGUUGUGUACCCUCUUUCUCUAACAGGUUUGUCCAACUUUUCCAGAUUGUGUGUUGUGGAGAAAUUUGAGGCCAGCCUGGCACUGAGCGACAUGCAUUAAAGGAGCAUUUUGGCUUUGGUAUUAGUGUUGUACAAAUGCACAGUGACUCUAAGAUCUGACAGUAAAGUACUCAAGUAUCAAUUACAUUUAUAUUUAUAUAUGUACAGUAUAUAUACUGAGUCCCCAAAGAAAGUUCCUGUUUCUUCAGGAACACAUGUAAGUCACAUAUAGAAAUUCAGAUAUAUUUUGUACACACCAUCAUCAUUGAAAUCUCCAAAGACCAUUUUCUGACCACUGACUCUUGAUCUUAGUUUUGCCAAAUAUCAGUUUUAACAUCUUCUGUUAAUAUAUUUGUUAUCUAAUACGGCUGUGUGUUGGCAAGAAUCUGCCGAUAUGAGAUGUCUCGUGAUACGGCGCAACACUACGAAACAUUGCGAUAUACUGCAGUACUAUAGGCAGGAUGAUGUAUUGUUUGAUUUUGAAGUCCUGGUGACUAAAUAUUUAACAGAAUUAGUUUUUUUGUUUUAACAAAAAAAAACUGUUUUCUUAAAUUAUAUACUCAUUGCACCCUUUGAAAUAAGGGGAGAAUUACAGAGUAGAAAAUUACUUUAAGUUGUAAAUUUACUUAAGUAAGGCCAUGUUGUGUUGGCAAACCAGGCACAAACAUAUUCCACUAAGGAUUCUUCCCGUAGAGUUCUUGAGACUAUUUUCAUUCUUUUACAAAUGGAGCUUGAGAUGAGCUUUGAUCUCCUAAGAAAUGUCCAAAGACAGAUUUGCCUUCUAGAACGUAUUGUGCAAUGGUCAUGUUAAAAAAAGUAUUUAAAAAAAAAUGUAUUACAUUACAAAAGUUGACCAAAAUAAGGCUCCACACACUUCAAACGGUUCUUUAUUUUGUCAUUUUUAAUGUAGAGCGGAGUUGAUCUCCCUUCUUGGAGGACGACCGUUUCCUUGCACAUACUUUUUAAUUUGUAAUGUUAUGUUUGUCUGUUGGUUUUCUGUACCAUUUGUUUUUCCUUAACAGGUUUGACCGUCUUUAAAGGUGUUGGACUAAGAAAGGAUCUUUCCGACUCAGUGGUAAUCACAGACGUUGAACCUUUACCCGUAGACAGAAUAGUUCUGUGAUUCCAAUCUCUAACCUCUGAUACAGGAGCGGCUGUUCUUUCAGUUGGAUCUGCUGUUGAUCCUAGCAGACAGUUUUUUUUUUAGGUUGGACUUGGAAGGUUAGCAAUUGUGAUUGCACAGGUAACGAUGAACCAGCGUUCAGAGCACUUCCUUUAAGCCAUUACGCUCCAUUGUAACCACGACCGUUGAGAGAAAAAGAAAAACCAACUUUGUUCAUCCAUCUUCCUUUAAUUUGUGGACGUCUCCAGCACCCUGGUCGCUGCAGACCAUCGACAGUCCCAGUUGACCUCAGUAAUACUUCUUUAUUCCUUCUGUGGUGAAUUCACGAGUGAUUCUGAACGUGUUGUACUGACUCGUCUGGAAUUUGUUUGGUCAUGAGUUAAGUUAGCAUGACUGAACCGUCAGAUAUGCCGAUGAUAUUCACAACAACACGUCAUGUAAAAAGGCAGAAAUGUAAACAUUGAAGUUACUUGACUAGCGGUUGAGCUAAUUGAUGUUUUAAAUCCUGUCCAAGAGAGACCUCUUAGACGUCAAGUUGUGUCAACGCUAGUCUUCUUAUCUGCACUUUGCAGCGAUUGAGGACACAUUUGUCCUCAAGUUGAAUAUGAAGCAACUACAGGGAAAGGAGGGCACCCCCACGCCCCCCCAUGACUCCUUGAACUGUAUUUCAAGAUGGACCUGUACUGUUGAAGGAACAUAGUUCACCCAUGUGGCACCAACCUUUAGAAUAAAUACAUCACACGACAAUAUGAUGGUACAAGACACUCCAUUUGUCGGUACAUUUCCAGUGUUUUGACGUAACAGUGUAAACAGUCUUUACCUCUAGUACCAACAUGGCCGUACGUCUUAAAUCCACCAUCCUUUGAACCUUCUCAGUCUUCUUGUUUAACAUAUUAGCCAUUAGCCAUGUCUCUACUAUAGAUCCAUUUUUAAGUCGAUUUGUUCUGUACCAGUGAUGACAAAAUGUUCUUUUUUUUUUUUAAAGCUAUCAUAAGUAAACGUGUAAGAAAAUAUGCCACCAUUAUUUUCUUUAAAAUCUGUUUAACUCUUUAUUUUAGGUGUCCCCGUGAAAGUUGUCCAAUCAGAGAUCACGUUAGCCCAGCGUCACUUUCCCGAGGGUUAAAACCCCCUUCUUCCAUGUAAAUGAGCAAACGUAGAAGCAUUGGACUUAGAGUUCGACCUGCCCUCUAAAGAUUAUAGAGGUUAAACUCAAGAACGUCCAAUAAUACAGAUCACACAUUGGAUUUACCUUCCGACAUAUAUGGAGGUAUGAUAUAGAAAUACAGACAGACCUCAGACCCCCCCCACCCCACCCCCGCCGUCUCCAUUGGAAAAUAAACAGUUAUUUGAACAUUGGUUUCCAUUGAUUGUCUCAAUACAAAUUGCAUUAAUUCUUAUUCUUAUUAAAGGCAUUGUCCUUUGAAAGGCAACUGACAACAGAAAUGAUUGAUUUUUCCUGGGCGAUACUUUACAAUGUGUCACCUUUUAGUCAGACGUUUUCUGUCUUUCAGGGUUUGGUGUAAGAACUGAACUCCUACCUGUUAAACUGACUCAGUAACAAUUCAACACGAGACUCUUCACUUCUGUACGACAGGAGUUCACAUAGAAAACUCCCUUUCAAAUUCCCUUUGAAGAGCAAUGAAAACCUCUUGCUAAGUUAGGACACCGCACACACCUUCUGUUUGAUGAAAGGAUGAUUUGUGUGUGUGUGUGUCUGUGUGUGUGUGUGUGUGUCUCUUUGUCUGUGGGUAAAUGUGCGACACGUUAGCUGCUGUCAGCCAGCUUGUCAGAGACAGGCUGCCCCUGUCCACAGUAAAGGCUCUUCUCUGCAGUUGGGUUACAAUGACGAUGAGUAGAAGUCAGUGGACAUUAAAGCCUGGACAUGUUUGUACUGCACCAGAGGUAUGCAUACACAGAUCCGCUGAAGCUCGCCAGGUAAGUGUCCCAUCCAUGUCUAUGAUGCAUAGUGUUCCCAUGACCUAAUAACUCUACCGUUUACAGGGCUUCUGGCACCACACUUCCAAUGAAUGACAUCACAGUGCAGAUCUCUUGUUCCUCAGACGUGGUGUGCGAC